AUGUCGUCCAACUAUUCUUCCACAGAUGACGAAGACAAGAAGCCGAAGUGUUCUGAUGAUUCUGAUGCCUCUCCUAAGACAAGCAAGAAGCGCCCAACGCGAAACACAAGUAGCAAAGCAAUUAUUGAGAGUGCUGGUUCUUCUGAUUCCGACAACUCCGACUCCGACGGUGGAUCUGACAGCGAAGGUCGCGCCGUAUCUAGUCGUAAGCGGAAAGGGUCAGCGUCACUGGGCAAAAAGGGAGGUGGACCCAAUAGCGCAAAAAGAAAGCGAGCUAUUAGCGAAGAAAGUGAUCGAGGUGAGAUGGAUGAUGAUCUCUUUGCUGAUGAAGAAGAUCGCAGGCAAGUAAUGGCCAUGAACGAGAAGGAUCGAGAGCAAGAAAUUUUUAACCGGAUGGAACAACAAGAAAUGAGACGAACAAGAAAACAAAUAGAAGAGAAGCUAGCGGCUGCUAAAAAUGCUUCUUCUGCUGUUGGUGAUAAGAAAGAAAGGAAAGAGAAGAAAGAAAAGAAACGACGUGAAGAGAAGAGGAGAAUUAACGAAAGUGAUAGUGAUGAUGAGAAGCCUCAAACAUCUCGCUCGCAGCCGGCGAUUUCGAAGUCAAAAGCAGCUCCCGCCUCUGAUUCCGAAUCUGAAGCUGACAUGAAAUUCCACCGCCCAUCUGAAGUGCACAAAAAAGCCACUCAGAAGAAUGCCAUGGCCGACCUGCUGGCUAAGCGAAAAGACAAAGAGAACAAAGCCGCGAAAAAAGCUGCUCUCUCUAUCGAUGCUGUAUUUGGAAAAGACGACAGCGAUGGAUCGUCUUCAUCAACUUCUUCUUCUUCGUCCAGUGACUCUUCGAGGUCAUCAUCACGCGAAUCCUCGCCCAGAAGAGAUGGAGGAAGUGAAGAUGAUGAAGCAAAAGCUGAAGCUAAACGAGAGGUCGAAAAUGUACAACAGCUUUCUAGAGCUCGUGUUUCACGAUACAAAAUAGCGAAGAUUGUUUAUGCACCAUUCUUUGCGAAGACAGUAAUAGGAUGCUUUGUUCGAGUUGGAGCGGGCGGAUACGGAGGGAAAUCAAGAUAUCGACUAUCGCAAGUUAUGGAUGUCGUGGAAAUGAACAGAGUUUAUGCCUUUGAUAAUCUCAAAACCAACAAAGGUCUUAAACUGAAAUACGGCACCGAUGAGCGUGUGUUCCGCAUAGAGUUCAUUUCAAAUGCAGAAUUUGGACAAGAUGAGUUUUCUGACUGGAGAGCAGUGACUAAGGAAGAGUGUGGUUCAUUACCAACCAUGGACCAUAUCGAGAGAAAAGAGCAAGAUAUCAAAAAAGCUAUGAACUUCAACUACACCGACGAAGUUAUUGAAUACAUAGUGAAUGAAAAAAAGAAGUUCUCUGAUAAAGUGAAGAAUUUUGCAGUGACGAAAGGUGAAUUAAUGAAGAAAAAGCGCUUUAAUGCUUUUGAUUACGACAAUCUAUUGGAGCAUGUUCAUGUGAAAUAA